CUCUUCGCUCUCUUGAUUUCUCUCCUGCCUACGGAGUACCUGACCAGUCACCCCGCCUCUCGCGCAGCGGUCUAAGUAAAGAACUUCCCGUUCCUUGACGUGGGCGGCUAUCAUUGGGCCUCGCGGGGCCCUCCCCUGACUGGCCGAUCGGGUCCGGGUCGAUUCGAUUCUGACUUCUUCUGCCUUAGUCCGUCCACUACCACCUUAGUCCUGCCUGACCGUCCUUCUGCUAGACGGCUAGACGGCUGCGAUCUGCUGGAUGCCCCGGUUACUGGCGACGGGGUCUCGGUACGCUCUUAGUGCUCACUAAACCCUCCCGACUAGCUCGGUUCAUGGCUGGCGGCGUGCGCAUCAAAGGCCUUGGUGAACUUGACGGCUGCCAAUCGCGACCAGAUUCGGUCCGGGGCCAAUUCCUUGCGUCUGACAGCCUGUCGAAACCUGCGAAACCUGCCUGUCGUCCGCCAUUCCUCGUCCUCGUCCUCCUCCUCCUCCUCCCCCCCCGCCAGUUACCCAAUCGCAUCCCAUCCACCACCCGUCCGCCGCCUCCCUCUGGAUCGACACCGUUCCUCCCCGUGAGCUAACGCGCUCAGAGCUUGUUCUAGACGUUCCAUCUCACCGUCUUCUGAUCGAGUUAUGUGCACGGCUGCGCCCGCGUUGACGGCUUCGGUCUGCCUGGAUUAUUACUUGGUUUCCUGAAGUCCUGGCCAUCAAUAAACAUUUCCCUCCGCGCCGUGGCUGCAUCUCUUCCCUUCGUCUUCACCACCACCACCACCACCCCCCCUCCCCUCCCCUCGGCUCCUCUCCUCGCGCUGUCCAUACUUCGCCCCGAAUUUGGUAAUCUUAAGGCCAGCAGCAGCAUGUGGCUGUCGUCCAUUCGUCCUCGCCUUCUGUUGACUGUGUAACGUGGUUUUGGUACGACAAACAGACGUCCACCGUCCUGCC